AUGCCAGAGUCCGAGGUCAGGGUGAGCAGGCUGGCGUCGGGGCAGCUUGGCAUCAUCAUCGACCAAGAAAACUUCGUCAUUCGGCUGGACCCAAAGCAACAGUCAUGCGGAGUGGCGGUCGGAGACAAAAUUGUGGGUAUCGACGGUGUGCGGAUUGGCCGUGGCCAGCGGGUCCGCGAUGUGCUCACCAAGGACAAGGUCCGCACAACGCACAUGAUGCGCGUCUCGCACGACCGCCGCCCCAGCGCCCGAAAGUCCAUCGCCAAGAACGAGUCGAUACUGCGCAAGCUGUUUGGCUCAGGCUCGAGCACCGGGGCGGCUCCCGCGCCGAGCGCGCCGCUCACCGUCACCUUUGCCGCCGAACGGCUCGGCCUCACGUUGGACGAUGACCCAGAUGGUGGCGGCCGCGGCGUCAUCGUGAGCGAGGUCGACGGAACCAUCGGGCAGGGCGUGCCGCUGAUGUCGGCGGUGCUGGCGCUCAACGACGAGGAUGUUAGCAAUCUCCCUCUCGAGGCUCUCAUCCCCCUCCUCAAGGAGUGCGGUCGGCCGCUCAAGCUGACGGUGCGGCCGCCCGCCGGCCGGCCACCCGCGCAGGGCGCCCCCGAACCUAGCUCGGGGCACGGCUCCGUCGCCUCCCAGUCCUCAAAGACCUCCUUCUCUACGCUGACGCUGCAGCCGCCCGCCGCCGCCGCCGCCGCCGACGCCGCCGACGCCGCCGCCGCCGCCGACGCCGACGCCGCCGCCGCCGCCGCCGACGCCGCCGACUCCGCCGCCGACGCCGCCGCCGCCGCGGACGCCGCGGACUCUUCCGCGCCGGAGGAGAGGCAGCAGCCGCCUGGCGAGGUGGAGGGGCGUCAGAGGGCGGCCGAGGGGGCGGCGAAGGAGCUUCGCGAGGCAGGGGCGCAGGCCGUAGCGGCUGCCCAGGGGGCGGAGAAGGCGCUUCGCGAGUCAGGGGCGCAGGCGGUCUACUUGGAGGCGGCCGCCGCGUCGCGGAGGCGGGCAGCGUCGCGGUGGCGCGACGUGGCGAGUCGCGCUGUCGCGCACGGUCGGCGAGCGGCGUCGGCGCAGGCGGCGGCGGAGCUGGAGGCGGCGCUCACGGCGCUCGACACGGCCAAGGAGGAGGCUCUUCUAGGAGCCUUCUACGAACCUUCUACGAACCUUCUAGGCGCUCGACACGGCCAAGGAGGAGUGGCGGACAUCCCGAACGACCGCGCCGACGCCGUCGCGCUGACGCGCGGCGUCGUAGAGGAAUGGCGCCGUCGCAAGCACGGCUUUGUCGACGGCGCGCUGGUGGCGGCGGCGGGCGGCGGCGCCGCCGCCGCGCCGCCGGCGCGGGGGUGGGAGCCCUCCGAGACGGACUCGGAGAUUGAGUCGCUCACCGCGUCCGUGGCGGGGCUCUCGGCGCUGUCGAGCGAGGGUAGCGUCCCGGAGGAGGAGGAGGGGGGGGCGGGGCGCGGGAUCGAGCUGGUCAUGCUGCCGCCCCAGUCGGACGCGUCGGGCCUCUCCUUCCGCACAUUCCUCGGCGGGCUCGAGGAGGCGGGAGGCAGCGUCGAUGAGGUUGUCGCAGAGGCGGCGGCGCACGGCAUGCCGCUCUCGCACGCGCGGGUGGAGGUUGCCUUUCUGCAGGGAGGGACCCUCGUGCUGCUCGAGGACACGGAGCGUGACCGGCUCGAGGCGCAGCUGGUCAAGCUGCGCCGGCAGCUCGAGCGCUCGCAGGCCAAGGCGGCCGCCGCCGCCGCCGAGGAGCAGCGCCGUUUCACCGGGCUGCUGCGCGAGGUGGCAGAGCAAGCGCGCGGCGUCGCGGAGGUGAAGCUCGAUCGGCCGCCGGGAGGUGCGUUUGGCCAGGGUGCGGCGGGCCAGGCCGAUGCGGCGUGGAAGCGCGACGACUUUGUCCUCGUGCGCCCUUGCAACCUGUCGCGGAUCGAGGCCCUGCCGGAGGACGAGGCGCGCGCGGAGCGGCUCGGCGUUCGGAUGGCCAAGAUGAGACGGCGCGACGGGGCCAGCCAGCAGCCGGCCGACGACGCCGACGAGGUACUCGACGCGGCGGCGGCGGCGGAGCGCGCGUUCAAGGCGGCGCAGACGGCGCAGACGGUGGCGGCGACGGCGGAGGCGCGCGCGCAGGCUGCCGAGAGCCGAGUCGUCGCCGCGAACGCAGAGGUUGCUCGAGCGGCGGCUGCGGUGCGCGAGUCGGAGCGAGACCGCGAGGAGAGCAAGCGCGCGCUGGCAGAGGCGGGGGCGCUCGCCAAGGACAAGGCGUUGGCCGAGGCGGCCAAGGAGCGCUCCGCUAGGGAGUGGGCGGCGAGAGAGCUCGCCGGUACGCGCAAGGAGCUCGAGCGCCUGCAAAAGCGGGAGGAGGUGGUGUCGCGGGUGCGCGAGCUCAAGGAGGCGGAGCGGGUGGAGAAGCGCUCGCCCCAGUCCGUGUCCAACUCGGGCAACGUCUCGGACAAGUCCAACUCGGCCCUCUCCGCCAGCGAGUUGGAGGAGGCGGCGAGUAUUGCAGAGGUGCUGGGGCUGGGGGGCGAGGAGAGGCGACAGGGCGCAGCGGGCGGCGGCGGAGGCGAGGACGUCGACGACUUGCCGCUCCAUCCAGAAGGGGCGGGGCUGUAUGAGAGCGCCGGCUGGGAGAGUGGCAGGGAUGGGUGUCCCAGAGCGCCGUACGACGACGAGGGCGGAGAGGCCAAGGCGGCUGCGGACGCGGAGCGGUGUGAAGAGCCGCACUCCGCAGCGCAGCAGGCCCGCCUCACGCCCAUCGACGCGCCGGAGGCGGAGGCGGAGGCGGCAGAGGUUGAGCAGGGGGCGGACGAGGCGGCCGUGAAGGGGGCGGCGGUGGAGGCUUCGGUGGUGGAGGCGGUGGAGGCGGUGGCAGCGGCGGCGGCGGCGGAGGCGGCGGAGGCGGCGGAGGCGGCGGAGGCGGCGGAGGCGGCGGCGGAGGCGGAGGCGGCGGAGGCGGAGGCGGCGGAGGCGGAGGCGGAGGCGGAGGCGGAGGCGGAGGCGGAGGCCAAAGAUGCAGCGGCGACGGCGGAGGUGGAGGUUGCGAUGCCGUCGCCGUCGACGCUGGAGGCGAUGCAGAGGCGCGAGGCGUCGCAACGGCAGGGGCUGCUCGAGGUCAAGAACAGCAUCGCCGCGGCGCACGCCGCCGGCCAGUCUUUCGCCGCCUUCAAGGAGGCGUACCGCCCGGUCGGGGUCGACGGGAAGCUCAAGGAGCUGUGGGCCGAGGUGACCGGGCAGAUCGGGUCGAUCACGCGCGACAACCGGCUCGGGGUCCCCCUCCAGGCGCGCGGCGAGGAGGCGGCCGCCGAGGGCGAGGUGAGUCCAGCGGCCGUGCUCAGGCCGCCCAUGAAGGCCCCGCCGCCCACUCCGAAGAGCGAUGUCGACUUCCUCAAGCAGAUUGGCCACUCUCUCGGUGGCGCGGAGGGGGGACAGGCGGGCAGCCGGCCCGAGGCUCCGCCGGCCAGCCCGAAGGAGGAAGAUGUCGAGGUCCUGAGACGGUUGGGAUUUUGA